AUGGUCGACGAGCAGCGGGGAAAGGGCUCAGCAGCAGCAGCACAGCAGCAGCAGCAACAGCAGCAGCAGCAGCAGCAUAUUCACACAGAGUUGGUGGCGGAGCUGCGGGGCCAUGAAGGCGAUAUAAAAGAUGUUUCAAUGAGCGAUGACUCCGAGCUUGUUUCUCUCGAGCGCAGCUGGCGGUCCUUCUUCCCCCAAACGGCUCAUCGCCGUAGCCAGCGACGUUCGGGGCCCAUCCUACCUCUUUGGCUGGUUUCUUCCCCCAAACGGCUCAUCGCCGUAGCCAGCGACGUUCGGGGCCCAUCCUACCUCUUUGGCUGGGCAGUAGUGAAGGAUACAGCGGACGGCUCUGGCGGCAGCAGCAACAAGAAGGCUGACGAUCCUUCUCCCGCAGCAGCAGCAGCAGCAGGUGCAGCAGCAGCAGCAGCAGCAGCAGCAGCAGGGGGAAUGAAGCUGCAGCAGGUAUGCUGCAUGUGCUGCGACCCCUCCUCCCCCUGCUGCCAGCUGGCGGUUUCUGCUGAUCAGCAGCUGCUGGCUGUGGGCCUCGCCAACGGCACCGCGAAGGUUUUUGAUAGAAAGCUUUCGCUGGUUGCGAGCCAAUCGGCGCAUGAGCUGCCGGUGACGGCUCUGUGCUUCCUGCAGCACAGCGGCUUCCUCGUCUCUACCAGCGCGGACUAUGCACAUAUUCUGUACGUCGGGCAGCAGCAGGUGCUGCUGCGGCAGCAAGCCCUUUCUGCUGGCAACUUCGAGGCGACGCUGGGAGACAUCCUUGCUGAAAGGCUGCAGCAGCAGCUGCAGCAGCAACAGGAGCAGCAGCAGCAGCAGCAGCAGCAGCAGCAACAGCAGCAACAGCUGCAGCAGGAGAUGCUUGACAUGCCGCGUGAUGCUCAGCAGCAUCAGCAGCAGCACACAAAAGAGGGAAAGCCGUAUCAACAGCGGCAGCAACAGGAGCAGCAGCAGCAGCAACAGGAGCAGCAGCAGCAGCAGCAGCAACAGCAGCAAGUGCUGCUGUUUACGCUGGGCUUUAGUCAUAGUCGCGUAGCAGCAGCAGAAUUACUGCUUUCUGGCGGUAAAGUGCUGCAGCAGCAACACUGCAGCUACACCUGCUAUUGCAGCAGCAGCAGCAGCAACACUGCAGCUGCAUCUGCUGCUGCUGCUGCUGCUGCUGCAGCAACAGCAGAAGCCUUUCUAUAG